AUGGACAAUAUCUUGGUGACUAGAUGGAAAAACCCCUCCAACCCCCCUAACUCAGCUGAUUGGAGAAAUGCUGAACAUUGGAAACUCCCCUCGGAGUUUAAGUUGUUCAAUAACACUAAAAAGAUCAACAGUAAAAGGACCAAAUGGGAAGCCCCAAGUCCCUCAUGGCACAAACUAAACUUUGAUGGGGCAACCCACAAUAAUAGGCAAGUGGGAGGUCGUGUGACACGAGAUCAUCAGGGUGGUCUUAUUGUUGCCUUUGCGGGAAGCCUGAGGAAUCAUAUUGUCAACCAAGCCGAGGGAAUGGCCCUUUUAUGGAGAAUGAAGUUUGUCAUUGCUAUAGGUAUCAGACAACUUGAAAUUAAAGGGGAUUCAAAAAUAAUUGUCGAGGCUGUCAAUGGUAGAACUGCGGCGAGUUGGAAAGUGGAAGCGAUUUUGAGGGAUGCUAGAAUGCUUCUAGCUAACCUUGACAAUUUCACUAUCUGCCACAUUUACAGAGAAGGGAAUGCAGUUGCUAUCAACAUGCUGCAAGAGGGCUUACGGUGUUGGAGGAGUACUGAUAUACUGCCAGUGAUCAUUAAGGGGAUCUCAGAGAAAGAAAAGACUAAGUUCUAA